ACCUCGGCAAACGAAUAUCCAGCAUCUCCACUGCUUUUUCUUAAGCCCGUCACAUCUCUUACAACCGCCAACGCUUCCAACAAGACCCCAGGCAUCACAACUGCAACCAUGUCAUUCUGCGAAGGCUGCAUCGAUCUCAAGGAACUGCCCGGCAAGGAGCAGGGCUCGACGCAACAGAUCAACGGCGUCACGACAUAUGUGUCCAAGGGCAGCCGCAAGGGAAACGUCGUCGUCGCAACUGACAUCUACGGCCUUGGCAUCCCAAACCCCAAGAUCGUGGCCGACAUCAUCGCCAACGAGAGCGGUCUCAACGUGUACAUUCCCGACAUCUUCCCCAAUGGGCCCAUCAAGCCCGAUGACUUCCAGCUGCCCAACAAAGCCUCGUCGGGCCCUCCCAGCGAGGAGCGCAUGGGCAAGAACUUCGAAAACUUCAUGGCCUGGAUGGGCAAGGGACACGGACCCGACAAGACGUACCCUAUCUUCAAGAAGGUCAUCGACGAAGUGAGCAAGGAAGGCCCGACGGGCGCCAUCGGAUACUGCUACGGCGCCAAGCUCGCUGUUAUUGCCGCGCAGGAGGGCGCUGUCAAGGGUAUCGCGCUCUAUCACCCCAGCCUGCUCGAGGCCAGCGACGCGGAGAAGAUCCAGACCAAGACGCUCCUCAACGAGGCUGAGCUCGACCCCCUGUUCGGCGAGCUCAAGGACACGUUUGAAAAGACGCUCAAGUCCAGAAACCUCCUCGACUCAAGGACGAAGCAAUACCCCAACACCGUCCACGGAUUCGGCUGCCGACCUGACCUUGAAGAUGCCAAGGUGAAGGCCGGCUGGGAAGAGUCGGUCAGCACCACCGGCAAGUUCUUCCAGGAGACCCUGGCCUAAAGCUGUCGUCAAUUGAUGAAUUUCAUUUUGUG